AUGGGAAGACCGAAGAAACGAUCUCCAACAGAUGAUGGACUGAAAGUUGGUCUGCCCAAUAAGCGGCAGAUUGGCGUCGAUUCUACGAUUACGGGGAAUGCUGUUAAUACCUAUGGCUUCGGAGAUGCAUUCGAAGGGGCGUUGACUCCCGGUGGAAACCUGCAACCUUGGUUACAGACCGAUUGGACUGAGUUUGGCGGCGACAGUGAGACCGUGGGACCACCAGCUCUCACACCCGACCACUCCUCUACGCACUCUCCUCCGAACCUCCUCAAUCGUCCUCCCGAAUUACAACGAGACAACAGCACACAUAUGCUCUUGGACCCCGCCCUGGGAGGCACCACAACACAAGACCUACCAUGCGGCCUCCUCCCCAACUGCGCCUGCCUCUCCACAAUGUACCUAGCCCUCAACAACCUGCAAACUCUCACGGAAAAUCGCUUUCCCUACGCCUUACACACUCUCCGGGAAGCAAUGCAGACAGCCUCCACAGUCCUGACAUGUGAAGAAUGCCCCAAACGCUUCAUGACCGCGAUACAUAAUGUCCACAUCAUGGGCACGCUCCUCAUGAGCAUAACCGAAGGCUUCUCCAAAACCCUCCAUUCCAUCACGACAGAGACUCGGAGGGCGGGAGAAGCCGGCGAAAAGAAGCAAUUUCGGCUCGCGGAUUCAAAUACUUCCACGUCGCAUCUUCAUACCGGCGGAUUAGGAUGUGUAGCUGCCUUUUCUGUGAAACUGACUCCGGAAGAAUGGAAACGAAUGUGUAAGAAGGUCGUGAGAGCCGAAGUCCACGGUCCAGAGGAUGGAAAUGGAUGCUGCGUUUAUCUGAUGGGCGUUCUCAAGCAGAUGGAAGAAAGGCAGCAUGAAUGGCACCAGCAGCCUGUUCCGGAGGAUUUUCCAAGGGACUUCUCGGAACAGGGGAAGGGUGCUCCGCUUGGAAGGUCGGUUAAAAAGGAGGAUCAUGUAUGCUUGAAGCUGGUGGCAUACUCGAAGAGAAUGGCGGAGGGUUUUGAUUGGAGUUGA